UUCCAAACAAUGCUCAGGAAAAAGCCACGUUGACGAUCCAGACUGAGGAGUAGUGCACACUUUGAGGCAGAAUAAAGCAGCGGUCUGCUUUGUUGGACGGUUCGGUUCGGUUCGGUUCGGCCUCUGCUCGCGGCAGACAGCACGUAGAAGCAGGCAUGUCGUCGCCUCCCAAGGAGAAGGUGGAAACCAAAGGCGGACAUCUCCCUGCAGUGAAAGCAGGAGGGAUGAGGAUAGUGCAGAAACAUCAGCCGACUCCUGUGCCAGAGCCGCCUCAGAAAGAGGAAGAUGAGGAGGAGUACGUCAGCACCAGUCCUCCAAAGGCCCCUGUGAUUGUUUCCGGAGUCGUGACAAAGGGCGAUAAGGACUUCACGCCUGCAGCCGCACAGGUGGCCCACCAGAAGCCCCAGCCUGGUGUCCCCAAGCUGCCCCCCGCGCAGCACAUCAACCAGCACAUCCACCAGCCCCGCAAGUGAGCGCGCCGGCGGGCUCCAGCAGCUCUGCUUUACUCCACCAGCCAGCCUUCCCAAUGGAACACGUAGGAUGAAGAUGGUUCCCAACCCGGGGCACAGACCUCUGCUUAAUGAUACCAGUAAUUUGUUUUUGUUUGUUUGCUUCUUGCUUUACAUGUUUGAGAAAUGUUUCAGCAGUCGACGCUACUACAUGUCAGUGCAACUGUUGUCCAACCCGCCGGCACCCCCCCCCCCGCUGCGUCGGCGCCGCACUACUGUUCCUGCACUUUCGUGACUUCUCUGGCACAGCGAUUGUUCAAUGGCUCCGCAGUCUUAACUUGAAAUAAACAGCGCUUUUCCAGCAGCAGGGAAACCGAUCGCAGGCUUAGCUCCCCGUGAGCUAAAGCAGCCAAUCACAGCCGACCUAUCUGACAGGCCAAGCAAAGCAACACCCGGUUUGUGUGACGAGCCUCCGCGCCAGACUUUUCCUGUAAUAAACCCCCCCGUCGAGCAGACCAAUUUCUCCAGCGCGUCGUCGUCGCAGUUUAGCAGCAGAGAUCCGUUCAAAUCGGCUUGUUGUCAGUCUACCAGUGCAAUCAACGGUAAACCUGAACCGCAGAAAGUCUAAUUACUGUAUAAUAGACAGUAUUAACCAAUCAGCAUGUGCAAAUAUUGUGCAAAUGUUCAGUUUUUUUUUUCCUUUGUGCCAUUUUAAUGCAAGAAAUAAUCCGAGAUGCUUUAAUAGAUCGCUAAAUUUAGCAGCAAGAAAAAGUACAGUUAAAAAAAAAAGUCUAUAUUGAUGCUAUAUACUGCUUCUGUGUUAGGAAAAAUAAUAACAAGCAUGAUCUCUGAUAUCUUAGCAUAAGUAGCUUUCAGACCACGACAAAGCCAUUCACUUUAUUCCCACUUACCUAUUGCUUUCUAUUUUAGAAAUGGGUUUUAACUCUCUAUUCCAGGCUGUCAAAUAAUAUCCGUUUUAUCUGUGGCGCAAUGGAAAUGAUACCAAAAAAAAAAGUGACAAAACCUGAAGACAACUACUUCUGGGAAACAGAAGUAUUUGGUCCAAGCGUGAGAGGAGCGAUUGGUCACAUAGAGGCAUUAAGUGUCGGGUGAAGGUAACGAUGUGCUCACAUUAGGUGAAUCACACAACAUUCCAUGCAUGGGUUUGCCAAGAAUGUAACGCAUUUGUUUGGGCUGGAAUAUAGGGAUUUUUUUUUUCUCUCAUAUCUGCAGCAGGAAAAAAAAAAAAAAAACAUAUCGCCACCACUUUCCUUAAUUACUCAUCUUCUUAUAGCAUGUCAGCUGAUGCAACACUAAUGUUCAGGUUUCCAGGAGAGAAGAAUCCGUCUUACCGCGAAGAAUCAUUAUGCGUUCAUGUAAUUAAGUUGAAGAGGUUUCAUUUUUGUUCUGUGCUUUUUUUCUUUCUUUUUUUUUUAAGUGAAUCACUCUAGGUGUUAAUAUCUUGAGUCAUUGAAGUGGACUUGGGUUGUAGGUGUGGUUGUCGUAGUAAAUAAAGGUUUGGAAUAUCUUGAA